AUGGAUGUUCUACGGGGCACACGUGAAUACACACAGAAACAGAAAACAAAGGUGAGGAAAAGUGGCCGCAGUAUUCUAAGGAAGGUCGAACAAUUGGGGGUGGGGGGAGAAGUCUUGACUGUAGUGGUAUUUCGGGACCCAUUAAGUGGUGACUUUUGCGUCGGAGGUCAUGUCCCUGAGGGUGAAACAGCUCCCGAUCUGAAUCUUCUCUUCAAAGCCCACAUGAACGAACCUCAAGAGUAUCUAGCACCACGAAGGCGCCCGAACCGAAAUGCACCAAGAAGGCGCUCGAACCGAAAGGCAACGCAACGGAUAACAAAUUUAUCAAACGCCAAACAAAUCACUACCGAAGAGAACAGGUCACCAGAAUCUACUAGUGACAGAAGGACUCCCCCCACAGACAAUUAUCAACUUGGGUCACAGCCAGAUACUGGCGAUGUGUCGAACCAAACUGGUACCCAAUGCAGUGAGGCGCUAUCUCCGAUGUAUCAAUUAGACGUGAUCCAUGACGAUUACGCAGAAAAUGAUAUUUAUCAUCUUGAGGGAGAUGUGACCGUGCUGCCAGCGGGCGAGCUAGCAGAGACUCAUCAGGACGGCGCGCUUCAUGAAGUGGACACGAUUCAUGUGCGAGAUCCGAACCAGGGUAGUUGCAUAUCAGAGAUGCUUUGGGAGGAUGGGCAUAUGGAAGCAACUGAGGUGACUAGACCAGCUCUCGUACCAGGCAAUGCGAGGCGUACCCAAGCACGGGUUAUGAGCCUGGUACUUAGCAACUAUCUUGACAAUGCGAGACGUAUUCGAGCACGGGCUGUGAGCCUGGUGCUUAGCAGGUAUCUUGAAAAUAUGACCCUGAAUGAUUGA